AGGGUUUACGGAAGAAACCUGUAAAAUUCAAGGAAUUACUUGAAUACUCAGGAAAAUUUGGCAUUUCUUGUAUUAGUUUCGGACCUCGUUUUUUUGCAGCACAUCUUUUUGUGGUUAAACCCUGGAAAACUCAGGGAAUGUUAUUUAUUUAUUAGUUUCAUGACACUCUGUUUGAAGAAUCAUCGAAGGAAUACUUCUUUGCGACAGUUUUUAGGCAAUUGGCUCUUCUUGCAAUCCCAUACCGUGUCACAGACAUACAUAUACUCCAUACCGAAGGAAAUCAAGCAGUUUUUAUUUCAUUACAAACAUUUCCUGUAUUGAUUUGAAAUCGACCCUUGUUAUGGUAUGAUCUUUUUGAGUAGCAAGACCGGUGCGGUUGGGUUGUAUGGGUCCGGAAUGCAAAAUCAAAUUAAAUCACAUUCCAAUCAAAAUUAAAUACAUUAUUUGUAAAGCCAACACAAGUGACGGUACAAGUUGAACCAGGUUGCAAUUUUAACGAAAUCAAGGUUGAGUAUGCUUCCUUGACCAACAAAACGGGUUUUAUUUUGGGACCCCCGAAAGAAAGUGAAACACACCCCUCAAGACAAGCAGAAUCGAGUGCGGUUCUAGGUAUAUCAGGGCACUAUAAAAACAGAUGUAGAAGUCUCAUGUAAUCAUUCUCAUUUCACGAGAGCAACAAGCAACUUAUAAGGAAUAAUACAAUGGCAUUCAAAUUUGUUCUUUUGGCGACCCUUCUCGCUGCGGCCAAUGCUGGAGUCAUUGCCCCACAUGGUCAUGCAUCGUCUCAUCAAUCGAUCCAACUCCAUCAUUCCGCUCCUGUUCACCAUGUAGCUGCUGUUCAUGCUGCUCCAGUUCACCACGUGGCCGCUAUCCAUGCUGCUCCUGUCCAUCACACCAUCGUGAAGGAAGUCGAGCACCAUGCUCCAGCCAACUACGAAUUCUCCUACUCCGUCCACGAUGAGCACACCGGAGAUAUCAAGAGCCAGCACGAAACCCGCCACGGAGAUGAAGUCCACGGACAAUACAGCCUUCUUGAUGCCGAUGGUCACCACCGUAUUGUUGACUACCAUGCCGAUCACCACUCUGGAUUCAAUGCCGUCGUUCGUCGUGAACCAACCCAUGUCAAGAUCGCCCAACCAGUGCACAAGGUCAUUGCUCAACCGGUGCAUAUUUCCACCCAUGCCGUAGCUCCAGUGCAUCAUGCCACCAUCUCGCACCAUCAUGCUGCUCCAGUUGUUGCUCACGUUUCACACCACCACGCCACCCCAAUUGUUCACUCCCACAGCACCCACCAUGUCGCUCCGGUGGCCCACCAUGUUUCUCAUGUUGCUCCGGUAGCUCACUACAGCCAUCAUGAUGGACAUCAUGCCAGUGGUCACUACAGCCAUUACUAGAGUGGUUGAUAUCAGAGUGCAAAAAAAAAACAAAUUUAUCUCAUUGAACCUGACGAAGUAAUCUAGAGGAAUUUUCUUAGAAUAAAUGUUUUAAAAAAAUGUCAAAACUAAGGUGUAUAUUUGAUAUUUUCGCUAAAUCGCAUUCGAUGUUUUCAGUCAUUAGCAACAAGGUUUUCCAUCCAUGACAAUUUGUUCUCCGAACAGUAUACCUUAGCAAAAG